GCAGACUCCAGGGGUGCGGAGGGACGGGGUGGCGCUCGCCCCGCGCAUCAUGGCCUACCCGGGAUACGGAGGAGGGUUCGGAAAUUUUAGCGGUCAGAUGCCAGGAAUGCAGAUACUGAUGGGACAGCCAGUGCCAGGAACAGGGCCACAUGUGCUCCCUGGUGGAUACCCUGGACACCCAGCUUACUUGAAUAAUUAUUCCUCAUCGGAAGACCCCAUGUGGACAUACUUUACUGCUGUUGCUGGACAGGAUGGUGAAGUGGAUGCUGAAGAACUUCAGAAAUGUUUGACACAGUCUGGAAUUAGUGGAAUUUAUGCUCCCUUCAGUUUGGAAACCUGCAGAAUUAUGAUUGCCAUGCUGGAUAGAGAUUACACAGGAAAAAUGGGAUUUAAUGAAUUCAAAGAACUUUGGGCAGCUCUUAAUGCCUGGAAACAAAACUUCAUAACCAUUGAUCAAGACCGAAGUGGCACAGUGGAACAUCAUGAAUUGAAUCAAGCCAUUGCUGCCAUGGGUUAUAGAUUGAGUCCUCAAACAUUAAAUGCUAUUGUUAAACGUUAUAGCAAGAAUGGCAGGAUCUUCUUUGAUGAUUAUGUCGCUUGCUGUGUGAAACUUCGAGCAUUGACAGAUUUCUUUAGGAGAAGAGACCACUUGCAACAAGGGGUUGUGAAUUUCAUAUAUGAUGAUUUUUUGCAGGGCACUAUGGCAAUUUGAAUGCUUAAAAUUUGAAAACUGAAGAAAUAACUGUGAAUGUUUCUACUUGGAAGAAAUGAACUGGACUACUUCAAAUUAAAGAUUUUAGGGCUUUUCCAUGUUUCUACCUGUUAAAUCUCUUCCCUUUAUAAUAUAUAUCUAACAUAUAUCUCUACUAUAAUGUGGUAUUAUUUUAGCACAUAAUUCAAUGCAAUAAAAUAUGUUUUUGUAUUUGGGAUGUUUCUGCUUUUAGUAAAGUUACCACUUUAUGGGUAUCUGUAUAAUAUCAUCAUAUAUUGAUAUAUGAUUAAUUGAUGUAAAUAUCUCUUAGCCUUAAUUUUUAACAAUAUAAACUUGGAGGAGUGUACUUAUAAGGUUAUAUAAGAAGCCAAAUGAUGAAAGCCUAGAUAAAAUUUAUUUAUACUUAUCCGAAGGUUACAAAUUUUACUUUCAGAUUUUGUUUGUAGUUGUUGGCAUUUGAAGUGAAGGUAAGCUAGGAGGGCAGUCCUGGAUUUUGUGCCAUAUUUGUCAUAGGGUUUGUUCUUACAUUAUCUGAGAACAGAAACUCACAGGUCUUUAACUGUGAAGAAGAAAACUGUAGUUCCUAAAAUUUUAUCUUAAAUCACCUUAGGUGGACCAUAAAAUAAUCUAUAGUGAAAAAGGGCUACAGGAGGCCUCACUUUUCUUUUUUUAUUCUUUACAUUGUAUAUUUUCUUCAGUGUGUUUUGUUGUCUUCUAUGGAAAAAAGUUCUUAAUAAACAACUUUUCUCUCUUCA